AUGUGUGUUGACCCGGAUUGGCCUAGACCUGAGAAUGCCUCGGAGAUAAGAAGUUUUCUGGGCUUAGCUGGGUAUUACCGUCGGUUUGUUAAGGGCUUUGCGAGUAUGGCCCAGCCAAUGACCCGGUUAACAGGCAAGGAUGUACCAUUCGUGUGGUCGGCCGAGUGUGAGAAGAGCUUUGCCAAUCUUAAGGAGAUGUUGACUAGUACGCCAGUUCUGGCUUUGCCUGAGCCGGAUCAGCCGUAUGUAGUCUACACGGACCAUCCCGGUAAGGCAAAUCUAGUCACAGAUGCGCUAAGUCGGAAGCGGAUUGCAGCUUUAGCCGAACAGGAUGUUGAGGGUUUAGUCCGGAUGGUUGGGACGCUACGGCUAGCGGCUUUGACCGAUGAGGUAAAACCGUUGGGUUUAGGCGCGGCUGAUCAAGCGGAUCUGCUAAGCCGAGUAAGGAUAGCCUAG